CCUCGUGAGACUCAUGGGGAUUACUCUACAUUCAGGCAUAUAAUCAGCUGAUCAUUAAUUCUUUUUUGUGGAUUAGAAGGUCAUCAAUUCUAACCUGGAGACCUGGACCUAAACAACUAGCUGAAGUCAUUCCAUGCAAAACUUGAAUAAAAGUCACAUAUACUUCUGACUAUUUUUAAAUGAAUUUGUUGCAAAGAAGUUACAACACAAGCUUUACUCAGUAAACGUGUAUACUUCCUGGAAGAAGCUAAAUUUGUUCUAUAAACCAUAGCUAUCUCUUUUCUUUUAUCUUAGGUUUUUAAAAAGCAGACUCAGCUACUGUGUUAAAAUUAACUGAAAAAUAACAUUUUCUCCAAGGUGUGUCCACAUUCCGUCAUCCUGUUUGGCUUGAGGUCUUCAUUCCUGUGGCAGUUUGGGGAAAUUACUUGGGUGUGGAUUUAGGCGGGUGUUGUAUCAGCAGAAGCUAUGCAUUGUCUUCCCGAAACACCUGAACUGCCCCGACUGUGACAUACCAGUCCAAAGGGCAUGCAGAACAUGAUUAAAUGUUGCGUUGUCAUGAAAGCUGCAGCUAGCUUUCACGCUGGUCUUUUUGUCACAAACAUUUCUUCUUCUUUUUUAUAAGAGCUGCAGCUGAAAUGAUUUCAUGCAUGAAUCCAGGAACUGUAACUUGUAACUGAUUAAUAUCUGCUUAGCACAUAUGUCACAUCAUUUAACAUUUCAGAUUCUGAGACUUGGAUUUACUGUAUUUGGGAAAUGCUUCUGUAACCCUUACACAUUCUAUUUUUAGCUCUGUUAGGGAAGUGAAAUGAUAAAAAGUGAAAAAUCUCCCAUGGUCAGAUGUACUUUUUGAGUUAUUUUGUAAGUUUACAACUCAAGCCAAAACUUUUUCCAAGCACAACUCAGACCCUGUGUGUCCACUCUGUCCAGUUUAGAAUGUGCACAAUCAGGCAUUUUUAAGAAUUGCCAGACUUUUGGUUGUUAAGGGCAACAACAGUUUGAAUUGUUUUCCAUCUGUGUUUUGACUUAACCAACAUUCUAUCAAAGAUUGAAGACGAUAUAUGAAUAAGAAAAAUCUCUAAAAUGAUAAUUUACUGCGUCACUUAGUAGAUGAUUUGUUGUUAGCAUGUAGUCACUCUAGUAAACAACUUUGGAAAGUAAAAAUUGCAGCUAUAACUCUGUUUAAGAAUGUGUCACAAUGGAUGACUUUUUUUUCUUCAUUGUAGAGGUAGGUGUGUCAGUUAUUAUUAUUAUUAUUAUUAUUAUUAUUUUUGUUUAAUUCAGCUAGAAACUUUCACAGUCUUCUUAGCAUAUUAGCCACUUUGCAUAUUAGCUCUAUUUGGCCAUGAUCUGAAUGCCUAAUCGCUUCCCCUUAAGCCUCAGGAAUCCACACUUUUCUGUUCAACCCUAGUCCAACUUCCUCCAUCCGUGAUUGCCCUUUUACCUCCGGAGCCAUUAAACAACUAAGCAGAGGUAAUCAGACACCUGUGGAGCCUGGUUUUUGCAGAACCCCUCCCAUGAAGGGAGGGACCUGAAAGGAGGUGUUCCUAGACUGGCUAGACCAGUGAAAUUCUUGCUUUUUCCAUGUGUGGGGGAUUGCUCACUCACUAGCACACAAAGUUUUCCUGUAAUUACAGACUGGAAGCACCAUAGAGUUUUGGGAUCCAGACCGACACGGGGAGAAAAGCUUUGUGGAUAUUAGUGCCGGACUUGUUUGAGGAGUUGGACAUACUUUUUGUGAAAAACAGGUGACCUCUGUUCUCGUGCUUUCCCAGCGAAAUUACAUCAGAAUAAGUUUCCAGACGCUUGAACAGCUUGGAUUUCCUAACUGAAUCCUGCUUGGAGGGAGCAGACCAAACCCCACUGCUAACAACAUGCAGCCAGGAGAUUUCAUAAUGGGAUUUUUUUGAAACUGUGCUACAUGCAACCAGUCAAGGUGUCCGAAGACGCUAGGAGUGGGAGAGAUUUGUCCAAACAAAGGUCUUUUGUUCCCAGACGGGAUUAGAUGUGGAACAGGAACAACUUGGAUAAGCAACAUUUUACUGGUUGCUGAAACUCCUUCUUGCUUUGGUUUGCUUUUGUUACUCUUAACUUUGAGGCAAAAAUGAACAGUAACAGCUUAGAUGAGCAGGGGAAGCAUCCCGCUGGUUCCUUGUUGAACGUCAUCAGCAGUUUCUUCACGCAGGACGGGGACACCUUAUUGGAUGCAGAUAACCCCGUUCUAACGGCUUUCAGGGAGCUGUCAGAUGGAGAGGCUGAAGCGGGAGAUGCAAGCGAAACAGCCGUCGAGGAAAGCAUCCAGUGGAGGCGAAAAGUUUUACAAGACGAUGUGACUGCUUCUUCUGAUUUAUUUCAGAAAGUUGGAUCAGCUAUGAAAAGUUUUAGGGAACGAGCUCAAUCUUCAACGGACACAGAUCUCAUACAGGUCACAAUGGUGGAAACGUAUAGCGAUGCAGAAAAUGACGAAAAGGAGGCAACAGAGGGGAGCUCAGCUCUAACGGAGAAGCUUGUCAGUCCUAGCAAGGAUACGUCGUCUGAGGGGGACGACGAUGCAACGGAACAGGAAGUGCCUGUUUUUAGAACUCACGGGUUUAAAGAAAGAUCUCGCAUUGAAGAUAUUCUGUAUUCUAGUAGGUUUGGUGGUAGAGGUCAUUCUAAACCGGCUCGGGUCUCGUUGCUGUCCAAAAUAGAAGAUGGCUACAAUACCAAGGAGAGAACCACCACCGUGUCUGUGACUGUAGAUGCCCUACGUGAUGAAGAGAAACCAGAUACAGGUGUGGAUGACAGUGAUGCAUACACUGGUAUUGAUUGUUCUCUGCCUGCUCCCUCCAUCAUCUCUGGGAACUUGACUUUGGAGACUCCGGAUAAUAACAGUGAUGAGGUUUUUGCAUUAGAACCGAAACAAAACAAGGACACACACAAGGAAGGAAUUGAGGGGAGGUCAGAUGAGCUUCGUUUCGAUCUUACUUCAACUUCUGUCUCCUCCAAUUCAAGUCCAUCAUCUUGUUCAAAGCCACAAACUGCUGGUUUGAAACUUUCAGGAUCUGAAAAAUCCACAAGCGACAGCCAAUUACAGGGCCAAGCUGAUCCAAAAAUGCCUGAAACAAGUCCCACGCCACAAGCUUCACCUGCUCCCACCUCCUCUUCCUCCUCUAGCUCAUCACCAUUCAGGGGUGUACCCCAUUCUACACCUCCUUCCUUCCAGAUGCCAGCUCUCUUUAGUGGUUUAAGGGUGCUGAAAAAAGGAGCGGUGGGUGAAGAUCGGGAGGUGGUGUCAGAAAUCAAGCAGAGGGAGAAGGAUGCUGAUCUAGCCCUCCUGAGCCUCAAGAAGACGGUCAACAAAGCUAAGUUCUUACCUGAGCAGAAGAAAACCUCUCCUAUGAGAAAGUAUUCCGAGCCCAAAUCGCUCUCUGAAUCUAAAAAUACCAAACUGGGACAGCUCAGUCAGCAGCUCAGCCUGGGCAACCGCGAUGACACUAAGGGUGAAAAUCUACAAGGCAAAAAAGAGUCAGGAAAAGUGGUUUUAGAAGAAAAAGCAGGAUCAGAAACUUCCACAAGCCCACCUGUGAAAAAGACAACCUCAGACAUGGCUUUCGAAACCUUCAGGAGCCUACUUGGUCCCAAAGUGAUCCGAAAAGAGAAGACAGAAGAUGUAGACCUGGAGGCAAUCAAAAGGAAAAUAAAGAAUGACAAAGAGUGUUUGAGGCAGAUCUUUGAAAGAACCAAAUCCCCUGGCAAAAACACAGCAAGUCCCACAGAAAUUCCAACGGAAGUUACGUCCCCUUCAGACAGUGAGGACCGAACUCCAGGACGUCUGCAGGCUGUGUGGCCUCCACCAAAACCUAAAGAUGAAGAGGAGAAGGUGGGGCUCAAAUACACAGAGGCAGAGCACCAGGCUGCUGUUUUACAGCUCAAAAGAGAAUGUAAGGAAGAGCAGGAGAAGAUGCAAUCCGAUUUACAGCUAAAAGUUUUCCAGCUAAGAGGGGAGCACGCUGCCACUGUAAAACAGCUGGAGGACGUCAUUGCUAAGUUGCAGAGGGACAAGUUGCGCAGCACAGGUCAGGAUCCUGUUCAGUUUUGUGACGUGGCCGUGUCCACCACGGACGACUUGACCCCAAAAACUAGCCGCACCGUGGCGAUCCAGACGGACAGGGAGACCUUCAUUAAGAGCCCCGACGGGGACAGCACUGGCCUUAUUCAGAGUCCCAACCAGAAUCUGCCCAAAAAACUCAACCUGGACUCCAUAGAACAGAAUCUAAAGGCAGAAACAGGACCGGGUCCUUCUGGACCACCUCCACCACCUCCUCUACCAGGCCUCCCAGGACCACCACCACCACCUCCUCCCCCUUUGCCUGGCCACACUGGAGGGCCACCGCCACCACCUCCUCUACCAGGCCUCCCAGGACCACCACCACCACCUCCUCCCCCUUUGCCUGGCCACACUGGAGGGCCACCGCCACCACCUCCCCCACCACCACCUCCUCCUUCAGGGUUUGGCCCUCCACCUCCACCUCCUGGCCCACCUGGAGCUGGUCCACCUCCUCCCCCUCCUCCUCCAGGCUGUGGCCCCCCUCCUCCUCCAGCUAUGGGGGGGUUCGGCCAGAAAGUGAACGCAGCCCCUAGGAAACCUGUGGUUGAGCCUGCGUGUCCCAUGAAGCCUCUGUACUGGAACAGGAUUCAAAUACAGGACAACAACAACAACACACUGUGGGGUUCUCUGAAGGAGCCUGAUAUCGUCAACACCAAUGAAUUUGAGGAUCUUUUCUCGAAGGCCGUGUUGCAGCAGAAGAAGAAGCCUCUUUCGGAUACAUAUGAGAAGAAAGCCAAAACUAAGAAGAUUAUUAAACUGCUGGACGGGAAGCGUUCACAGGCAGUCGGCAUCCUCAUAUCAAGCCUGCACCUGGAAAUGAAGGACAUUCAGCAAGCUGUUCUUAAUGUGGACAACUCAGUGGUGGAUCUGGAGACCAUUGAGGCCCUGUAUGAAAAUAGAGCUACCGGCGAUGAGAUGGACAAGAUCACAAAACAUUAUGAGACUUCCAAAGAAGAUGAAGUGAAGCUGCUGGACAAACCCGAACAGUUUCUCUAUGAGCUCUCCCAGAUUCCUGACUUUGCAGGUCGAGCCCACUGCAUCAUCUUCCAGUCAGUUUUCCGCGACACCAUUUCCUCCAUUCAUCGUAAGGUUCAGAUUAUCUCAAGCACCUGCAAAGCGCUGCUAGAGUGUAAAGCCCUGCAGGAUGUGAUUGGUCUCGUUCUGGCCUUUGGGAACUAUAUGAAUGGAGGGAACAGAACGAGAGGUCAGGCUGAUGGCUUUGGGCUAGAAAUCCUGCCUAAGUUAAAGGAUGUCAAGAGCAAGGACAAUCGCAUCAAUCUGGUAGAUUAUGUAGUUUUAUACCAUCUGCGAUACUUUGACCAACAUGCCGGUACAGACAAGAGUGUAUUUCCCCUGCCGGAGCCUCAGGACUUCUUCCAGGCUGCACAAGUCAAGUUUGAUGAUCUAACCAAAGACGUCAGAAAACUCAAGAAAGAUCUAACUGCUUGUGAAAAGGAUGUGCAGAAAGUGUGCACCAACUCUUCAGAAGAGCACCUGCAACCCUUCAAGCAAAAGAUGGAGGCAUUUGUGUCUGAAGCUCAAAAGGAGCAUUCUGACGAAGAGGAUCGACUCAACGCAGCUCAGAAAAGUUUCCAGGAUGUGGUAAACUACUUCGGUUUGAAGCCAAAGUCCGGGGAGAAGGAAGUGGCACCAAGUCACGUCUUCUUGCUCUGGUACGAAUUCUGCAACGACUUCAGAAACUCCUGGGUACGCCAAAGCAAGAACAUCUCCAAAGAGAGGUUAAAGGAAGCUCAAGAAAACAUUAAGAAGAUCACAGCAGAAAAGAGAGUGGAAACCAAGAAGAUUAAUGCCCACAGCCUGAAAGAGAGGUUGAGACAGAAGGAAGCUAACGUGUCCUCCAGCUGAGUUUAGAAGAAAGCAAGAGUGGCUGUAUCCAUCCUGCACCUGCCUCAGAAUGAUACAAUAAAACUCAUAUCUUCUGGACAUCUUCACCUCCAUGUUUGAGGGUUUCUUCCUCAUUUGCAAAUCUCCUGUGGUGAAAAUAAAUGGCUGACACGGCUGAAAUGAUGGGAGUCCUAAAGGCCAAAGGUCAACCUCAUUCAUCCAGCACGCCGUGACAUCUGAGUGCCCAGCUUGUGUUCCGUUUUCAGGGUUCAGUUGGAUUCUCAGCAGGAUUCCACAUGUUUCCUUCCCGAUCUUGGGGAUUUUCUCUUCUCCGAGUUUCAUCAGAACACAAUUCAUCCCACCAGCGCUGUGUUUUAGGAACAGAUACAGCUUCCUGGCAGUGUCUGCUGAGAGGAAAAUCCCUGUUGACAAAACACAUCAUUUCUCUCUGAACGCAGGAAAUUAGCAGCUCACGGUGUCUUCUCUGCAGUAGCAAAUAACUUUCAUUCACCACGCCUCAUUAAAAAUCUUCCCAAUACGUCGUUUUGAGUUAUCGUGCAGUUUCGGAGCAGUAUGCUCUGCUUUAGAGCAGAUGAAGGUUGGUGGAGUGUGUAUAAGCUGUGUGUGUGUGGAGGUUUUGGCUUACUGCACCAGACUGACCUCUCCUGGGUGACUGCCAGAGAGGAUCAGCAGCUGGCAGUGAGUCUGACUCAAAGCUUCUGCCUCUUCACUUUUGCAAACUAAAAACACCAGAACACAUCGUCUUUUGGUGAACUCGUUCAUCUGAUAAAUAAAUAAAUUUAAGAAUGUUGUGCUGUUUUUGUUAAAUAUUCUCCAGCACAGUUUUAGCACUUUGCUGCUUGCAGUAGCUGUACGUAGUAGCACGCUGUAAAACACAUACUGAGGCUAAUUGCGUGCUUUUUUUUCAGUGGUUUUGCAGGUUUUUGCACCAUUUUUUCCUAUGCAACAAAAUGGGGUCUUUACUUUAAAUAUUACCUCCUUUAAAAUCCUGUUUAAUUUUGUUUUGAUGUUUUUGCACAAAUGUGCAUCUUGACUACGCUCCUGUGACACAAAGAAAUAUUUAUGUAAGCAAAGAGUUAUUUUAUUCCUGAAACAUCUGCUUUGUUCUAUAUUAUUAAGUUUGUUUUCUGAGUUGAUUGAAUGAUGAGCUGCAUAUAUAUAUAUAUACACGGAUGGAUAUCACUUGUAUGUUUGGCAUAUUUGCAGUGGGAAAAACGAGGUGUCUGUACUGCUUAUUAACAUACUUGUGUAAUGAAAAUGUAUUUUGGGUGAGCUGUGAUACCUCAGAACCUCAGACUUCCUUUUUUUACCCUCCAUAGUUUUUCCACAGGUGCUUUAUUUUCCUUCAGAGGUGGGAAAACAAAGAUGGUUUGAUACAGAACUUGUAGCUUAUUUUUGUGGACGUGUCACUAUAAAGUGAUCUGUGAUUUUAUGGAAUUGUUUUAAAUUUCUCAAACUGUUGAAUGCCAAAUAAUCUGUUUGGAUGGAGACUUGCACUUUGAAAGAUAUAUUAACCCACUUCCUCCUGAUGUUAGACCUGUGUCAUGAACAUCUGAUUUGUUAGAAGUGUGUGUCGCCAAAGAAUUUGAUCAUUCUUAAAGCUGCUGGGCAGAAAAGGUUGUUGGUCAAAAUAAAAUAUCAUGGUAGAGCCUUG